AUGUCUACACCUCUCCCUAAUCCACCAUUCGUUUUUCCGGCACGAGAACCAGAUGACACGCACAACCAAGAUUCAGUGACCAUGAGAAGCGACCGACCUGCCCUUCCCGCAUUCUCGUUCAACCCGGGAUCGAUGGGAUCGAACCAGGCGCCGGCGCCGGCGCCAGCCCCUUCCUCGAAUCGAAUGAGUGGACACCGUCGGCAAUACAGUGAGUUUGUUGGUGGUGAACAGAUGGUUACUCCUGGAGAUUCCGCUGCUGGCCAGGUGAGCGAGGAGGCUUCAACGGCACCGGCAAAGUUACCCCCGCCUGGACCUGGUUUCAGUGGAGGGAACCGCCGUCGACACGCUCACAGGCGCUCGGCGGCUAUCUCAAGCGUUGAUCUAACGGCUAUUUCCAAUGCUCUUGAUCUGAAACCUUCUACCGAAAGCGCACCCUCUACUCCGGCAGAUUUAAUACGAGAGCGUAGGCCUUCUCAUGACCCGACUCGACCCAUGUCACAUUCAGCGACAACCCUUUCCCGACUUACUCCCCCAGCCUCGCCCCAAAUAGUGGUAGACGGGAUGUGCUCAAGUUCUCCAAAGCCAACUGAGCGACGACCUUCGAAUCCGCUCCUUUCCACCGAAGUCCUGCCCGAUGUUCCCGAAACCGAAGAUGCGGUACAGCCUGCCGUCUCUGCUGAGGAGAGCGAAACUGUGAUGCCUUUUCCUAAAGCUGAUUCUCCGUCUGGUCCCCAAAAGUCCAGACCUAGGCCAAGAACCGCAGACGCGUCUUUGAUGCUCGAACUGACUGGAAACGGCAUUACAGAUAGCUCGCCGUCUACAAAACGACCAAACUCUGCGGCAGGGCAUUCCCGUUCUCACAAGAGCAUGUCCUCUGGCUUCCUCACUACAGCCUUGAGGAAGAGUCACAUUGAGGAUGAUGGGGAUGGACCUAGGCAGUUUUCUGAUGAUGAUUCCGAUGUCAAUGGAGACGACGUUGAUGAGCUAUCGGGUUCUCCAUCUUCCGUUUCGAAAAGAAAUACCAAGGCCAAGAAGAGGCAAAAGAAGGUUCGGUCUUGGGCUGGUUCUCUUUUGAUUAGGAAUAAAGGAAAGCAUCAGGACACGGGGAAGGACAACACGGAGAAGUCGUCGAAGCCUGUACGCCCUCCUGCGCUCACUAGGACAAACUCAGAUUUCGGUUCCGGCUUGGAUGUGGAAUUUGACGACGAUAAUAUCGUCGUUCUUCGGACACCCACCAACCCCACGCAUCCAGAAACCCAACACGAUCCUGACGAGAUUGAGUCAUGGGCAUCUUUGGAGGAUGCAUGGAAACCAAGGAGCUUUUACGAGCAAACUACCGCCCCCAAUACUACUGCAAGUCCUGUGAUUGACUUGGACGCAGCUUUGGGACCGUUUAAUACGCCCGAUAUGCGUACCAGUAAUGCUCCGGAAAGUGGCUUUUCAGCAGCAACCAAGCGAAUGUACAGCGGUGGGCGAAGGGGAGAGUUUAUUGGCCCAGAGAUGCGGUACCAUCGACGAGCUGAAAGUGCUCCAGAAAUGCCUCCGUUUGAUCGCGCAUUCCUUGGAGGCCACCGAUUCCCGACCACCUCAUCCCUGGAGAAUCCAGACGUCUUCUAUGAAGAGGAAGAAGAUGCUUUCCUUGCAGCCACUAGUGAAUCCGGUAAAGACAACGAUGAACCCCCACAAGAUCCAGCCACUCGUACAGAACCCAAGGACAACAAGUCAGAAGACAGCGUGGGGAGCUCCGAUACUUUGACCCGACAACCCACGGAUGUGUCUGUUGGCGAAGACAGUACCGGUCUUGGGAUCCAGAAAGCUGCUGCUGCAAAUGAUGCAACACCCACUCCUGGUGCAUCUCCGUCUUCCCAGGAACUCUCCAAGCCCGUCGAGCAACGUUUCUACACUGGCCAAAACCAGAAGUUAUCGACGCCAUUUUCCCUGCGCCCGAAAACCCCGAUCGAAACAUUCCGGCCUGAGGAAUGGCAAAGCAGGAUACGGGCCCCUCCCAGUCCUGAGAUUUCUCCUCGAUUCUUACCUGCCGACCAUCGGCCCGUGACCUCGCCCACUGAACUUUCCGCAAUUCCUCCUUUCUCCCUUCAUGGGGGUUGCUCUCUGCCAAAUUCAUCCUUUCCAUCGCCUGACUUUACUGUCUCGUCGGAGCCUCCGCGCUCAAUCACCACAUCGUCGACAACCGACCCAUUUCCCCAUGCGUCUGUGGAGGAUGUGCCUUCACUGACUAGUAGCGCAUCUACGAUGACGAAUACGUUCAAUCGUUUUUCUGCAUCAUUUUUCCCUCGCCCUCGCAUGUCGACAGACCGCGCAGCAUCAUUUUCUGCUGCCGUUCACCGUCGCUCCAGUCAACCUAGCUCCAAGAGAUCGAGCCUUGCGAGUCUCUCUAAACUUGUCGUCGGCCCGCACGCCGAGAGGAGUAAACUGAGUCACGAGGAGAAGCCACCAGGCGACGAGCCUGAGAAGGCUAAGAAAAAAGGCCGUCGAAUCAGCCGCCUGAUGCAUUUCUGGAGAAUGAAGGACAAAGAAAAGCAGAAUGAACGAACUGUUCAAAAUUAG